AUGUCUGUAACGGACAGAGGCUUCAAAAUUGCCUACAAAGCAAAGGAACUGGGUUGACUAAAACGAGAUCUUCAAAGGUAUGCAAACAAUUCAUACGAAUCUGUAGACAACCCCAGAAUCUCAUUGCAAGACAUCGACGCUAACGAUAACAUGUCUUCCCAUCAGAAUCUGCUGAAUGGAGAAAAUUUAGCAAGGUUACUGCGUAUUGGCACCUGGAUCAAUUACUUGUCCGAUGUAGAGGCGGGUGGGGCCAUUGUGUUCCCACUCCUCAAUGUGACCGUUUGGCCCACAAAAUACUCGGCAAUAUUUUGGCACAAUUUGCACAAAUCAGGUCAACUCGAUGGACAGACACUACACAGCGGGUGUCCUGUACUCGUGGGACACAAAUGGAUUGCCACCAAAUAA